AUGCCAACUGGUGGUGGAAAAUCACUAUGUUAUGCAGUUCCAGCUUUGAUGGAACAGAAGCUUGUUGUUGUUGUUGUUGUUUUUCCACUGCUAGCUCUACUGUUUGACCAAUUUGAAAGGAUGAAAUCAAACAGACUUAAUGUUGGCUUCCUAAUGAAAGACAUGGAUGAAAUGGACAGACAGAGUGUCAUACACAAGCUCCAUUCCAACCCACCAGAAUAUAACUUGCUUUUCCUUACCCCUGAGACUGUGUUAUCGCCAUCGGUAUUUGACUUGUUAUCGAAACUUUCAUCCGAGAAUCUGAUAAAUUUCUUUGUCAUCGACGAAGCUCAUUGUAUCGACACUUGGGGUUUUCAUUUUAGACCUUGUUAUGCUGAGCUAUGGAGACUUGGAACAUUGGGGUGCCCAAUAAUGGCUAUGACUGGAACUGUUACAUCUCGAACACUAGCAACCAUUAUAAAGAAUUUGAAGCUACCAAAUGAAACAAAAGUUAUCAAGCAGAUAUCCAAUCGGGCCAACCUGUUUUAUCAUGUUGUUGAGAAAAGAUCUAAUGCACAUGCAACAAUACUUUCUAUUAUUCAAAAAAACUUUUCUGAACAAUGUGGUAUCAUUUACUGUAUUGAAAGGAGAGACACUGUAGAAGUUUCUUACCAUCUUCAAAAAGCUGGAGUAAAUGCAGUCUUUUUUCAUGCUGGCAUGGAUGUACAUGACAAACAGUCAACUGUUGAGAACUGGAAAGCUGGAACUGCUCAUGUCAUCUGUGCUACAGUGGCCUUUGGAAUGGGAAUAGACAAAGCAAAUGUCAAAUUUGUUAUACAUUUGAGCAUACCAAAGGAUUUGGAGAGUUAUGCACAAGAAUCCGGAAGGGCUGGCAGAAAUGGAAGUGAAGCUCACUGUUUUAUUCUGUUUCGGUUUGAGGAUCGAACGAAACAUUUGCGUAAUAUCAGUUUAUUGCCAGACAGUGAUCACAAAGUAGUUUCACUUCAAGGUUUGAAUGAUAUUGUCAACUAUUGUAUAACUCCCAUUUGUAGAAGAAAACAAAUAGUUAAUUAUUUUGACAAAGAUGAUCAUUCUGGGGAUGAAUGCCACAAAACAUGUGACAUUUGUGUCUCUGAUGUCGUGGUAGAACCAGUGGAUUACAGUAUGGAGGCCAAAAAUGUUAUUGAUUGUCUAAAAGGAAUGCAAAGAAUUCAGGCGAAGGUUACGGCAAAGUUUUUGACCUUAACAUUUCGUGGAUCAAAGUCAAGUGCUGUAAUUAACAAGGGAUUUCAAAAUGUGAAUGAGUAUGGUAAAGGGAAAGAGAAAUUUAAUGAAAAGCAACUGCAAAAAUUUAUUCAUUGCUUAAUUAAUGGAAGGGUGUUAGAUGAACAGUUACCAUCAUCUUGCGAAAAGUGCACUACACCUUACCUUUGUGUUGGACCUAAUGGUACUAAACUAAAGAACAAUGAAGUAGGUUUUAUUCAUUAUAAAUAA